AUAACUGACGUUUCACGAGUUUCCGCGUAACCUCAUAUCUCCAUGCAUAAAAAGAUUUUAUCUUGGCGGAGCUUUUUUACGGAACAAUGAUAGCGCACUCUACUACCGCGGGUUAUCUAUGAGUUGACCCGAGUCAUAAAUAACUUGUUUUCCAUCCCGAUAAUGUUAGAGGAAUAAAUUUGUGCUGUGAAACAUACGCCAUGCAGAAAGGUUAAACGUGGUAAUCCUCAAAAUUAUAUCAAGUCAUGGACGAUCGAUACGUACCGCCGUUUUGUUCAUGCGGAUGUCACGCACCGCGGCCGAUAAAACCGAUCGAAUUACCGCCGCACGAGCCAUGCUGUUGCUGCGAUUACAAUCCCUUUAGCGACAAUUCCAAGGAAUCGGAGAUCUACGAUCUACCGUUUGCUUUACGAAAACUGACGGUAAUGAAAUGUCAGAUGAAAAAGUGGCGCAUGGAGCGGUUGCAGCUUGAGAGCGAAAAUAGGUCUCUGAAACAAGCCCUACAAUCAUUCGGUGUGAAGCCCAACGGGGUAUUGGGUACUGAUCCCUUGCUCGUGCAUUACCGCGAGGAAAACGAAAGGCUGCAGAAUGCAAAUGAGGAACUGGCGGAAAAAGUUCGCAACCUCGGAGAGAGUCUCGCUGAACGAGAUUGCUGCGACGAUCCGUGCGAAAAAGUUAAAUACGUGAGGGAGAAAAUAGCAGCACUGAGAGAUCGUUUUGCUGCCGAAAAAAAACAAAUGCGAGACACGAUAUCCCAUCUGAAGUUGAAACUGGUGGAAGCCGAGGAGGAUACUUCCUGUGCGGCAUUAAAUCGUUUGAGGGCAAAGCUUCGUGAGCUAAUGAAAGAUGGUCAGAAGGCUGAUCAACAGGUGUCCGUGGUUGUCGAGAGAUCAAUGCAGACAUCGGUGGAUCUAUCAAAGAGCUACGAAGAUCUGUUACGAACAGAGUACCUGCAAGCUGAACUGACGCAAAUUCGUCGUUCAAUGGAGGAAGUUGUUACACCGGUCUCAGAAGAGAUUGUCGUUCCUCUACCUGCAGAUGCGGAAGAAGAGGACGUACCGGCACUGUUAAGUCAGCUUCGUAAUUGCAAAAUGCUCCUGGCUGAAUUGAAAAUGCAUUUGGAUGAGAAGACGGCUUACGCAGAGGCUCUACGAAGCGAGCUUGAUCAACUGAAAGCCUCCAUCGUCAGACCAGCGACCGUGAUGGACGAGGUGGCCGAGAUGAAGGAAGAAUCCGAGAAACCUGAGAAACUUGACGAUAAGAUUACCGAGCUUCUCGAAAGCCUGCGGCAGUCGGAACUGUCUGUGCUGGACGUGAAUAAAUUGCAGAGCGAGAUCGAAGAUAUGAGGUCCCAGUUGUAUAAUCUUAAGACGGAGAAAAAGGAAUUUCUCGAUGAGUUGAAAAAGAUACGGAGUGUAGUGUAUGAGAAAGACCGUCAAAUAAACGAACUGAAUAACGAAAAUGAGAUUCUGAAGAAGCACGUUGAAAGAUUGAAGUCCGAAUGUGACGAAUUAAAUAUUAAGAAUGCAUCGUUAGAGAAGGAAAUUCGAAAAACACAAGAAUUGAGUAGAGUGAAAGAGGAAAAUAAUGAGUUGAAGAGCGAGAUCGAUAAGUUGAACGUUGACCUGCGUUGCGAGGAAGAAAAAUUUCAAGUGGCGCAAAAAGAGCUAGAGGGCAUGAGAGACGAUUUGCAUAGUCUCGGAACUGAGAAUGAAUUCUUGAAGGAGACAUUGGAAAAUGCAAAAUUGGAGACUAACGAACUUAAAGAAGAAAAUGUUGCUUUGAAAAACAAUCUUGAUAACAUGAUUAAGGAACUGGAAUCUUCGAGAAGGGAAAAUAAUAAUAUUAAGGCAAAAAUAGAUCAAUUAUUAUCUAAGAAUAAGUAUUUAAGAGAUGAAUUAGAAAAACAAGUGGCGGAGACGGAUCAAUUAAAAUCCGAAGGGAUUGCAUGGAAAGAAGGCUUCGAUAGACUGUUACAAGAAAUGGAUAGAUUAAAGGUUGAAAGCGAUAAACUAAAGGACGAAAGUGCUGCUGUUAAAAGCGAAAGAGAUAAUUUGACAACUGAAAGAGACAACUUGAAAUCUGAGAAUGGUCUUCUUAAAGAUGACUUGUUUAAAACAAAUGUAGCGUUAGACGACGCAAAGAAACAAUUGAACAAAUUUAAAGUCGAGAAUGGAGUUCUUACAGAAGAAUUGAAGAAGGCUAAUGUAAAUAAUAACAAGCUACUCGCGGACUUCAAUACUUUGCAGAGCGAAAUGGCAAAGUUGAAGUCGGAGAACAGAAAAUUGUUACAAGAAGUGGAUGAUGGGAAAGAAGAACUAACAAAAUUAUUAUCCGAAAUAGAAACUUUGAAAAAGGAGGUAGAUAAUAUGAGUAAUAAAUUGAUGAGGGCAAAUAACGAAGUUGUAGAUUUGCGGCAGGAAUCGGUCGAGUUAAAUAAUAAACUGAAAGAGGCGAAAGUUAUAAAUGAACAACUAAAAGCAGAUCUAAGUGCAGAAUCUACUGCUAAACGAGACAUUCAAGAGGAAUUAGUGGCAUUAAAGAAUGAGAUGAAAAAUUUGAUCUCAAAGAUCGAUGAGAUAAAGGUGCAAAAUCAUGCCCUAAAAGAAGAGAGAGACACCCUCAAGAAAGAGCUGUUGAAUCUAGGCGAGGAAUCGUUGAGCCUAAGGGCUGCGAAUGCUGAGAUGAUAAACCAGAUUAAUAAUUUAAGACUGGGUAUAUCUGAUCUUCAAUCGCAAUUAUCUAAAGCGGAAGAAGAUAUUGAAUAUUGGAAGUUGGAAAAUUGCAAGCUUAAGAUGAGCUCAGAUAAGUUAUCCAUCGAGAAUGAAAAGACAAAGGAAGCUUUAAACGUCUGUAAGGUUGAACAUCAAACAUUAGAGAAGGAGAUAACAAAUCUUAGAAAUGAGAAGAUUAACCUUGAGGGAGAAAUAGCAGAGCUUAAAAAUCUGUUAGAAGGACUAAAUCUGUCUUCAUUCGCCGAAAAGUCUGCUAAAGAAGAGGCUGUGGAGGAACUGACGAAAGUCAAGAAUGAAGUCAUUGCUUUGAGAGAGGAACUUAAAACACUAAAACUAGAAUUAACUAAAUUAAGAAUAGAAAAUAAUAAGAUAAGAGAUAAGGAGGAAAAUUUAUCGCGUCAAGUAUCAACAUUAAAGACAGAACUUGAAAACACAAAAAAUGAGGUAUUAGCUUUGAGAGUAGAUAAUAACACAUUAAAAUCAAAAACAAAUACGUUAACAGAUGAGAAUAAUAAACUAAAAAACGAAUCAAAUAUGCUGAUAUCUGAAGUUGAUGGUUUGAAACUAGAAAACACGAGUCUGAGGGAAGAACGACAGAAAUUCGAGAAAGAAUUUGGCAAACUAAAAGGAGAGGACGAUAGGCAAAAGGAUGAGAUUAAAAAUCUGAAAUCUAACUUGACAGCUGAACAGGAAUUAUCAGAAAAAAUUAGAUUGGAAUUAUCUACUAGCCAAUCGGAAAACAAUAGAUUAAAAGCGGAGCUGGAAAAACUGCAAAAGAAUUUAGAUACCCUUGAAUUGGCGAAUGACAAGUUGAACAGUGAAGUAGAGGAUUUAAAGAAAACGUCGAUCGAUGCGCAGAACAAGGUGAACGCAUUGCAGUAUCAUGUGGCUACGUUGUUAGAAGAGAAGGAGGCACUUCUGAACGAGUUAGAUAGUUUACGAGCGGAAGUGAGUAGAUUAGGUAAAAUUGUGUCGGAUAAAGUUGCAAAAGAAACUAUUGAGAAAAAGGCGAUCGUUUCUAACGGCGAAUUAAUGGAGGAGCUAAAGGCAGAACUAAGUAAAAUACGUGUGGAAAAUGAGAGUUUGAAGCAUGAAUUACAUGAUGUAAACGAACGACAUGCUUCAUUGAAAAAUGAAAAUACUGCUCUGAGAAUCGAAAACACUAAAAUGGCAACAGAUCGCGACUCCUUCAAGUCAGAUUUAACAACAGCGAAGAAUGACCUAGAUAAGUCUAAGAAUCAGAACAACGAAUUAAAAGCAGAAAUCGAUAAAUUGAAGAAAUCACUCGGUGAUGCCGAAACGAAGAUUAAAUUUCUGGAAGGACAGCUUGUUGACUUGUCGAAUGAAAAAGAGAGGCUCGAAAAAGAGAUGAAAGUUCGUACAGCAAUUUCAAAGGCCGAUGAUGCACAUGCGCAGCUUGAUGACUUAAUUAACGCUCUGAACGCAGAAAAAAUGGAUAAGGCUGCCUUAAAAGAUGUCUUGAUUCAAUUACAAGAUGAUUUGAAUAGAUGCAGGACGGACAACGAACGACUAACCAUCGAAUUGGCCGCUUCGGAAGCUCGAGCAUUAGCAAUACAGAGAGAAAGGACGGAGUAUGAUAAAGAGCGACAGGAUUUACAAAAUUUAAUGGUAGAAAACAAAGAAUUGCGAGAUGAGUUAAGAAUAGCGCAAAAUGAGAUCAAUAAAUUAAUAGAGAAUAUCAAGAAAUCGAAAGGCGAUUUUAUAGAGGAUGCUGACGAUAUCGACAGCUUUGAAAAUGAAUUGAAGAAAUUGAUGAUCGAGAUAGACAAGGCGAGAGAAGAUUUAAGAUACGCGGUGGAAGAGAAUAAUAAAUUAAAAAUGCUCAAUGACGGUCUUGAAUUAGAACUAGGUCGAUUGAAAGCACUGCAGGACAAAAUAAAAGAUUAUCCUGAGCAAGUCGAUGAAGAAGUUAUCGAAUCGAAGGAUGAAAUCCAAAAACUGUUUGUCGCAAAUAAUGCGCUGAAAAUCGAAAACAUGGAGCUGAUAUCCAGAUUAAAUCAUUGUCAAGCGGAGAAUGAGCGUUUAAAUGAUAAAAUUAACAACUUGAAUGAAAAAAUCAAAUUGCUGACAUUUCUCCCUCCUACUGUAGGUUUAGACGAGGCGAGAGAAGAUUUAAGACACGCGAUGGAAGAAAAUAAUAAAUUAAAAAUAGUCAACGACGGCCUGGAAUUAGAACUAGAUCGAUUGAAGGCGCUGCUGGACAAAAUAAAAGAUUAUCCUGAACAAGUCAAAGAAGAAGUUAAUGGGACGAAGGAUCAAAUCCAAAGACUGCCUCCCAUCGUAGAGGCUGGCGUGAUUAAACCGGAUGAAUGCGGCGACUUCGUUAAGGCGAACGAAUUACUGAAGAAGCAAAUUGAAAAGCAAUAUGACGCCGUGCAACGUGUGCGUGAUUACAUACAAUUUGUGGAUGGAAAAAUUCCUGCGAGACCCACGAUGGCGACAACAUUGGACGAUGAUUUUGAAAUUGAGCGCUGGAUUGUGCCUUCCAUCAUGGAAUUGUUAAGAGAAUCGCAAAAGCUGUCCGAGAAUAUCUAUCUGGCGGAAAUCGAAGUUCAGGAUAUCGAUAGACUGCUUAAACUACUUAAUGAAUGCAAGAAAGAAAAUGAGAAUUACAUAAAGCAAUUAUUGGAGCUUGGUGUGGAAGUUACCAAGGUUGCAGGUGUGGAUAACGGCGAUAAGCUUGCAGCUUUUGACCCUGAAUCUUGGUUGAAGUCUUUGACACUAACGCAACUGGCCGAGUUGCACGAUAAAAUCUGUCUGUUGACUUCGAAUAUGGUGCAACAAGAUAGCAGUCCUGCGGUUUGCGAUCGUUCAGUGAUUAAUCGAGACCACGGUAAUGAUCGGUUGCGAGCAGAUUACGAUGCUUUAAAUCGGCGGAUUGCCGCCUUGCAGAAGCAAAUAGCCGAAAAGCAGAUUGAGGCGGCAUGGAAACUGCAGGAAUUAAGACGAACUCUUCGUAUUGAGCAGGCAAAUCUGAUUCAAAUCUCCGACCGGAUGACUCUCGAAAAAAGGCGCAACUUAGCUCUUCAUCUUACCAUGGACGAUUCAGUGUGAUUUUCUUUCCAGUAUCAGUAAACAUGUUAAAAGUGACAUUUACUUCAAGCAAGUUCUUGUUAUUGGACGCGCAGCGCAACAAGGCGAAUAUUCUUUAUAAUCUUUCUUUUGACUAGAAUAUAAAAUAAAAAUAUAACGA